AUGGAGCGAGUAUUGGAUGUUCUCCAGGACUCGACAAUUGCCUCGAAGAGCGGCAAGGACCAUCGUUCUCGUUUCUGGGGAGUGUACAAAAGAGUCGCGGAGGAACACGACGGCGAGUUUCUUGAGCGAUAUACGAGCGACAUGGAUAUCGUGUUGGUCUUCUCUGGUCUUUUCUCCGCUGUCAGCACGUCUUUCAUUGUGGCGAUGGAGCCAAAUCUCAGUCCCAACCCCAGCGACACUACGAAUGUCCUUCUCGCACAACUCGUACAAAUCGGACUCGGCAACCUCACUGCAGCCGCAGCACCAGCAUCUCCGUGGUCGCCGCCCACAUCGACGAUACGGAUCCAAAUGAUCGCAUAUGCAAGUUUGUCCAUGAGCUUGCUCGCUGCUUUCGGAGCCGUACUAGGCAAGCAGUGG